ACCUUUGGCAUGCCAUAGAAUAAAUAUCAUAAUCAACGUCCCGUCACAACGUGAUAUAAGAAUCUUCCAAUUCCAACAUCCUGCCAUCUCGCAUGUCUUCUCAACCAUCUGAAAGCAACAACACACAAUCCACUACAUCGACGCUCAAUCUCAAGGCCAUCGCCAUUCUCAUCGGUAUAACCGCAAUCACCGUGGCUUUCCUCACACCACUCCGUAACAACCUCCCAUCUUUAUUCUCAAGAACACCCCCGUCAGUUCAACGCACAAUGUCCUCUUCAGCAAACUCUUCUCUCAAAAUUGUCAAGCGACCCUGGAAUGCCCGCGGUCAUGCUGACCACGGCUGGCUCUACACUUUCCACACUUUCUCCUUUGCCUCCUACUACGACCCCAGUCACGAAUCCUUCGGCCCUCUACGCGUAAUAAACGAAGACCGCGUAGAAAAAGGCACAGGAUUUGGCACGCACUCCCACGCCGAAUUCCUCAUCUGGUCGUACAUAGUCCGCGGCGAACUCGAGCACAAAGACAGCAUGGGAAACCUCGAAAACCUCAAACGUGGAGAAGUUCAAUUUACGUCGGCAGGAACUGGAAUAAGGCAUUCAGAGUAUAACCGCAAGAGAGACGAAGAUGUGCAUUUCUUGCAGAUUUGGGCAAAGCCUUAUACCAGGGGAUUGAAGCCUAGUUAUGUGACGAGAAAGUUUACGGAUGAGAUGAAGGAGAAUAAAUUGGUUAGGAUUAUGGAGGAUCAGAAGAGGCAUUCUGGAAGGGAUGCAGAGGAUCAGCCUAUUCCUUUGCAUGCGGAUCUUAACAUGGAUGCUAGUAUCUUGUCGCCGGGGAAGAAGGUUGUUCAUGAUAUUGUGGCUGAGGGCAAGAGGAACAUUUUCGUCCAUCUUGUCAUGGGUGGCAGGACCCAGCCUAAGUCUGGAGGUGCCAAGAUCAGAGUUGGCGAUGUCGAGUUGGGUGAGGGCGAUGGUGCCUACAUCACCAACGCUACUGGACCUGGUAAGAUUGAGGUUGAGAGCGUUGGUGAUAAGCCUGCUGAGUUCUUGUUAUUCGACAUGGGACUGUAGACCUUGAUAGACUCUUUAAAAUCAUUAUUUCGUCUCUCUGUACCGCUUCCCAGGAUAGCGUCACCGCUAUUGUCAUUCAAAGUACGCAAGACUACACGUCCAACGAAGGAGCGUCUCGUAACAGGGGUUUCCUGAGCCAGCAGGAAUUUGUCCUCCCCAAGCCCCCACGCCCAGCAUAUCCAGCCUACCGCUCGGCAUUUUAGACUCAGACCAAGGGUCAGCACAAAACGAGCAAUUGCGUCGUCAAACUGCUUGCACAGUCUGCCGAUUCUCGAACGACGAAGCCUGAGAAUGACCUCGCGGUUCGACUUGUUUCGAGUUCCUGGCAAAAGACAACUC